GGUUUACUUUUCUCGUCAUUCUUUAAGAGAAUUUAAUCAAAAGUUGUGCUGAGCUCGAGAGGGUUUCAAGUUCACCUGUGCUGGCUGCAUUCUAAAUAAACGAGGCUAACAAUCAAAAGGAGAAGAGAGCAAAAAAGGAGAAAAGUGGAAAAAAGUCUUGCACAAAAUCAAACCAAACCAAAUACAACAUGUCGCAGCAUUUCACAUCGAUAUUUGAGAACCUGCGCUUUGUGACUAUCAAGCGUACAACAAACACGCAGCCACAACAACAACACCAACAACAGCAGCAGCAGCAACAACAGCAAUCGCCGCUGCCCACGCCAAAGCCAACUCCCGUCGAGCCAAAUAAAAUCAAAGCCAAAACUCAGGCAGCACUAAACGGCAAUGGGCAGCUCUUGAGCACAAAUCUUGGCGGCGUCGCUGCCACCACCAGCCAUGAAGUGGACCACAGCAAAGGCGCGUCUGGCACGACCGCAGGCGCAGUAAGUGCUGUCGCCGGCGGCGGUGGCGGUGGCGGUGGCGUUGGCGUUGGCGUUGGCGGCACGCCAUUGAAGCACCACAAGCGCACCAGCAUUCCCACAUCGUCGCCACAGCCGGGACGCGAGAGACGCGGCACCAACACCAGCAUCGUCGUGGAGUUGGAUGAUGGGGCUGGCAGUGGCGGUGGCGGUGGCGGUGGCGUUAGUGGUAGUAGUGUGGGCCAGAGUGCGGCCGGUGCUUCAGGCAGUGGCACGGCAUCCAGUAAAAGUUCGCGCGAACUUUCACCUACGCCCAAAAACGCACAGCAGCCGCGAAAAAUGUCCCAGGAUCAUCGUUCGCGUGCCGGCAGCUUCAUGCACUUGGACGACGAGGGACGCAGCCUGCUGAUGCGGAAGCCGAUGCGCCUGAAGAACAUCGAGGGCCGGCCGGAGGUGUAUGACACGCUGCACAGCAAGGGACGCGAGAUAUUGUCCUGUUCGAGGGCCACCUGCACGAGCAGCAUCAUGAACAUUGGCAACGCGCCCGUCGAGGCACGCAAAGUGGAUUUGGUGCUGGAGCACGCCAAGGACUUUCUGGAUCAGUACUUCACCUCGAUUAAGCGAUCCUCUUCGGCUGCCCAUGAGACGCGCUGGAAACAGGUGCGACAGAGCAUCGAGACAACGGGACAUUAUCAACUAACCGAAACGGAGCUAAUUUAUGGCGCCAAAUUAGCUUGGCGCAAUUCUUCGCGCUGCAUUGGCCGCAUCCAGUGGUCAAAGCUGCAGGUGAGUCUCGCCUUUGAUUUAUUACCUCGCAUUAGCCAGGUGAAAUUUAUGAACAAUUUAUUAUUCCCAACCAUGGGUGUCAGCUCAUCCAAGUCCUUCAUGAAGGCCAACUCACGGCAGGACUUUAUGAAAUUGCCGCUGCAACAAGUCAAGAAGAUCGACCGCUGGGACUCCCUGCGCGGCUCCACCUCGGACACCUUUACGGACGAAACCUUUGGGCCGCUCUCCAAUGUCCGCUUCGCCGUCUUUGCGCUCGGUUCGUCAGCUUAUCCGAACUUCUGCGCCUUCGGCCAGUACGUGGACAACAUUCUGGGCGAGCUGGGCGGCGAGCGUCUGCUGAAGAUUGCCUACGGUGACGAGAUGUGUGGCCAGGAGCAAUCGUUCCGCAAGUGGGCACCGGAGGUGUUCAAGCUAGCCUGUGAGACCUUUUGCUUGGACCCGGAUCAGAGUCUGUCGGAUGCUUCGCUGGCGCUGCAAAACGAAUCGCUGACCGUGAACAAUGUGCGCCUGGUGCCGUCGGUCAGCAAGGUCUCGCUGGACGUGGCGCUGUCCAAGUACCACAACAAGAAGGUGCACUGCUGCAAGAUCAAGGAGCAGCCGCACAAUCUGACCAAGCUGAGCGAGGGCGCCAAGACGACGAUGCUCUUGGAGAUUUGUGCGCCAGGGCUGGAGUACGAGCCGGGCGAUCAUGUGGGCAUCUUUCCGGCUAAUCGCGCGGAGCUGGUGGACGGACUGCUGCAGCGACUGGUGGGAGUGGACAAUCCGGACGAGGUGCUGCAGCUGCAGCUGCUCAAGGAGAAGCAGACCUCGAACGGCAUCUUCAAGUGCUGGGAGCAGCACGACAAAAUACCCGCCGAUACGCUGCGCAAUCUGCUGGCUCGCUUCUUCGAUCUGACCACGCCGCCGUCGAGGCAGCUGCUCACGCUGCUCGCUGGCUUCUGCGACGACAAUGCGGACACGGAGCGACUGCAGCUGCUGGUUACCGAUUCGUCAGCCUACGAGGACUGGCGUCAUUGGCGUCUGCCACACCUCCUGGAUGUGCUGGAGGAGUUCCCUUCGUGUCGGCCGCCUGCUUCCCUAGUGCUGGCUCAUCUGACGCCGCUGCAGCCGCGCUUCUACUCGAUCUCAUCGUCGCCACGUCGCGUCAGCGAUGAGAUUCAUCUGACCGUGGCCAUUGUCAGGUACCGCUGCGAGGAUGGCCAAGGCGACGAGCGCUAUGGCGUCUGCUCCAACUACUUGGCCGGCCUGAAAGCCAACGACGAGCUGUAUAUGUUCGUGCGCAGCGCCUUGGGCUUCCAUUUGCCGGCGGAUCGCAGUCGGCCAGUGGUGCUCAUUGGACCUGGCACUGGCAUUGCGCCCUUCCGCUCCUUCUGGCAGGAGUUCCAGGUGCUGCGCGAGGUGGAUACCGCAACGUCGCUGCCAAAGCUCUGGCUCUUCUUUGGCUGUCGCAAUCGCGACGUGGAUCUCUAUGCCGAGGAGAAGGCCCAAUUGGUGCAGGAUCAAAUCAUGGAUCGCGUGUUUCUAGCGCUCUCAAGGGAACCAGAUAUACCGAAGACAUAUGUACAGGAUCUGAUUGAACAGGAAUUUGAUUCGCUGUACAAGCUGAUUGUGCUGGAGCGGGGACAUGUUUACGUUUGCGGCGAUGUCACAAUGGCCGAGCACGUUUAUCAGACCAUCAGAAAAUGCAUUGCCGGUAAGGAGCAAAAGACCGAGGCGGAAGUUGAGACAUUUUUGCUCACAUUGCGCGACGAGAAUCGCUAUCACGAGGAUAUCUUUGGCAUUACGCUGCGCACCGCCGAGAUACACACAAAGUCACGUGCGACCGCAAGGAUUCGCAUGGCAUCGCAGCCAUAGUAAGGAUAACUGACAUAGCAGCUCAACUCUUAAGCGGCAAGGAAUUCGUUUUACUUUGACACUUGCCCCGCACCUAAGAAGAAGUCUUAAAGCUUACGAUUAAACAGUCCAAAGUGAUCGAAAAAUUUAUGAUUAUUCCAAAAGUUAAUUAAUGCAACAGAUAAU